UUAUUUGAAGAAGUACCAGCUGGUGCCACGGUCCCCUCUAGUCCUCCAUACUUAUUUGUGUUCAUCACAUAUUGGGACAUGGAAAGGAAAUAUAAGCUAAAAUCCCUAAACACCGCCUUCAGUUGCAUGAUAGUGUUCCUCCUUCACAAAUCCUGCCUUGCUGAAAAAAUUUGUUCAGUUCCCUCAGACCCUGUGACUAUUAAAGAGAACAACACAAUCGAUGCCGUUGUUGUCCAUAUUAACACAACAACAAAGAACGUCACACUGACUCUCACCGAGAACCCAGACAAUGCUUUUGACCUGAGGGGAUUGGAUCUGAUUGUGAAGAAACGCCUGGACUUUGAAACUCUGUUAAAUCCUGAGGCGCUCACAGUUCAAAUCCGCUGCAAUAAAACAGGAUCCAAAAGUAUUACUUUGUCCGUGCUUGUUCAAGUCGAAAACAUCAACGACAACCCUCCUUCAUUUGCCCAGAGUAAAUACAUUCUAGAUGUUAAUGAGCUCACACCUAUUAACGCCAGCGUGGCCCAGAUUGAAGCGAAAGAUGAUGAUUCAGGCGUUUUAUAUUACGCCUUGGAACCUGCUCUGAACCCAUAUUUCCGGCUGGAGAACAUGUACAAGCCAAAUAUUCUCGUCAACAAGACUUUGGAUUUUGACGUCAUCCAGCAGGUGACAUUGACCUUAUAUGUGCAGGAUACGCCACCGUUUUCACCACCAGGCCAAAUCUCCUUCAAAGCCACCACGACGAUUAUAAUCAACAUAAAAGACAUUGACAACCGUCCGCCCUGGUUCCAGCCAUGCACGAGAAUAAGUAUCGGUUCUGCCAAAAUCUGCCUGAGUGUUGGGUAUAAGGGCCGAGUCAACUUAACAGAAAGACAGGAGGGACCACUACAGUUGAAUCCAGGUCCGAUCUACGCAAGAGACGGAGACAAAAGCAGAAAUGAAGAGAUUAGCUAUAAAAUUGUUAGAGGAAAUGAAGACAACAUAUUUCAAAUAGAUGAAAACACUGGAAACAUAACCAUGCUAAAACCAGCGGAUAUCGCAGGCCCAGUAUCUCUCACAGUUUUGGCUUCCCAGGUGUCAAACCGUGACCAGUUCGCUUCCACUUCAGUCAACAUUGAGGUAAUGAAAAAGAGCAGGAACCCACCAAAAUUCGAGAGGGAGCGCUAUGAGGCGUAUGUUUACAGCAACUCAGGCCCUGAGAACAUGGUGCUCAGGGACAGGACUUCAAAUAGACCUUUCAGAGUCAGAGCCAGGGAUGAUGACUUUGCAAAUGGAAUAAAUCCUGAUGUACGAUAUGAAGUACAGUACAGCAGUUAUGUCAACAUAACCACAGACGGAUUUGUGCUUCUGAAAAAACCUGUUCGGACCGACUCUUUUGCUUUACAGGUUCGAGCUGUCGAUGUAUCAACUGGUGAGUCGGGGACGGCGGCUCUGUCCGUGGUUGUCCUACCACCCGUGGGAGUCCAGUCGCCCUCAGAGGGAUACCGUGCUGGAGAUAUGGCCUUGCUGGGCUUCGUAAUGGCCGCCUUGUUGGUUCUCUGCCUCAUCGUGAUUGGCUAUCUCAUCUCCCGUCUGAAGAAAAGGAAUCCAGACACGCUCAAGUUAUCAGAGUGUUUAGGUCCAUGCUUGCAGCAUACUCAGUCCACUGACGGGUUACGGCCAAGAGACAGCAUGCAGUUCACCAAUGACGGUUUCCUGAACGAAGCAGGCAUGAGCAGGUUGGCGAUGAGGAGAGCAGAUAAGAGAGGCAAGAAUCAGGACGCGGCUCCGAAAUGGAGAAUGAGAGUGACACCACGUGAGAGGCAAAAAUACUGCAAUUCCUGUGGUAUGCGAGUCCACUCGAACCAUGUGCACCGCAGUAGUCCAGCUCUCCACCCCAAAGCCCAAGGCGCUAAAGACCAAGUCAGAUCCAUCCUAACUAAAGAGAGAAGGAAGGACGGGCAGAAGAUGGUGUGGUUUAAGGAGAGCGAGGAUUCCUCAGACAUCGAAGUGGAGAUCAUUCCUGACGACAUAGGACUUAAACACGAAGAAGAGAAUGAAGAAUCGUCUUCUCUGGCACUUAAAACCAGUGAUAUGGAACUGAGUGAGCUGACUAUGAUGAACAUCCAGGACUUUGACAAGCAGAAGGAAAACGUUUCUGACCACCGAGAGCCACCAGACCCAGAUAAAACAGACCAGUGAGUGCCAAGAGGGCUCAGUGAAGUACAUCCCAAUAAGACUUAAAUCAGUCUUUCCUAAGCUGAUAACAAGGUGAUUCCAUGAUUUGGGUGCCAGUCAUUUCCCACUGAUGUUACAUUUACAAUUAUGUAUGCAAAGGUGAAAGGACAUUUAUAAAACCUAUUUUAAAAAAAUGAUCCUUCCUAUCCUAGCCCAAUAUAGGUACACUUUUAUCUUGAAAUAUAUCACAAUACUUCAGCAAACAUUAUUAUUUUCCAUUAAUGUGUGAAUCCAUUCAAUAUCUCGUGCCUUUUCCACGAGCCGUCCAUUAUAGGGUGCACAUUUUAGUUAAUUCACUCAACUCUGUUACCUGAACACAUUCACCCCUACAAAAUAUUUGGAAUAUUCCAUAAGUCACAUGUUCAGGUUGCAUAAUACAAAUUUCCUGCGGAUCAUAGAAAGAAGAAAAGUUCAUUCUCUCAUUCUCUUUCCUGUAUUUUCAACUAUAAUUUGACACUGACUGACAGAGUUACUUAAAAGUAAAACUCGCUUACCCAAAUUACAGACUGAAAGUAAAUUAUUAUAUAAUCAUUAGAACUCAUGGGAGGCUUAGUGGUUACGACCUCCGGGGCUGGGGGUUCAAAUCCUGCCUCCGCCCUGUGUGUGUAGAGUUUGCAUGUUCACCCUGUGCUUUAAGGGUGUCCUCCGGGUACUCUGGUUUCCUCGCCCAUUCUAAAGGCAUGAGUUGUAGGCUGAUUGAUUUCCAAAUUGUCUGUAUUGUGUGAAUGUGUGUGCGAUUGUGCCCCCGCCUUGUGCCCCAAGUUCCCCGGGCUAGGCUUCAGGCUCCCUGUGAACCUAUGUACGAUAAAUGGCGUGGAAAUGAAUGGAUGGAUGGAUUAGAAAUCAUUGAUAUGUUAUGCUAACCAUAUUUUGUGUAUUUGCUAAUCCUGUGCUUAAAAACUCAACCCUGUUAAUUAUUUAAGCAGAAAAUGAGCCACUGACAGCUUUAUAAACCUUAUAAAAAUCACAUUGUUGCCUGAGAUGGGCUAACACAUUUUUAAAUGUUUUCUUAGAUUCAAUGUUGAAAAAUUAUUAUUUAUUUUUUUAAUUGAGGGCUAUACGGAAUCACCCAAACAUAUUCAAGCUUUUCUUAGUUAUGAUGAGGUGCAAUGCCUUACAAACCCAAUUCACUGGUGUCCUCAUAUGGCAGGGUACUGAGAUUCUUCUAUCUGUGAUAAAAAUGCUGAAAAAACGGCCAUAAUUCACAUCCUAAUGUCAUCUAGAAACAUGAGUGACUAAUAAGUAAAUAUGUAUAUGUAUAUAUAAAUAUA